AUGGAGCCCUCGCCCGCGCAGUCCCCCGCGCGUCUCCCCCGCGCGUCCCGGGGAGCCGCCGCCGGCGCCGCCGCCGCGUCGCGUUCGAUGGACUUUUCGGCGGCGCGGUCGAGCGGCGAGUCGUCGUCUUCGCGCGCCGCGGGCGGUCCCCCGAGCGGGGACACGACGAUCUCGAGCAUGAACUUUGGCGGGUCGUCGUCCUGGCGCGGCGGGAAACCCCUCGCGGGCGACUCCGUCAUCCCCGAGCACGCGCGGCGGAGCGUACUCGAUCGACUCUCGACGCUCCCGAUCGAGGCGGACGACGACGACGAAGACGAAGACGUCGACGCCGACGCCGAAGCGCGUCUGAACCGCGAGGCGGCGUCGUUGCGCCAGAGCAUCGCGUCCCUUCGCGCGUCGCUGACCAUCUCCGAGUCUGGAACGUCGACGCGGCGAAUGGAGACGGACGACGAGGCGGAGGCGGCGGACGACGCCGUCGCGGAGGAGUGGGAGCGCGCGGGUCGAUUGAGCAUGCGAUCGGACGAGGGCGAGUCGACCGCGACCGCGACCGCGACCGCGACCGCGGCGGCGAGCCCCGGCGGCGGCGGCGGGAAGAAGAGCGUCGCCGCGGCGGCGCAGGAAGCCGCGCUCCUCGCCGCGGCGGAGGCGGAAGCGAAGGACGCGGAGGAAGCGAUGCUCCCGUCGCCGCCGUCGGAGUCCCCGGAGCCGAGCCCGGCGCCGUCGUUUCGACGCGUCAGAGGAGGCGACGCCGCGGCGAGGAUGGCGCUCGACGCGAAGCGGCGGCAAAUCGAGAGCGAAAAGACGGCGAAGGAGAAGGCGCGCGGGGAACAGAGGCAGGCUGCGGGCAGAGAGGCGCUGAUGCAGUUCUUCGCGAGUAAGGGCGGUCUGGACGUGUCGCCCGGACGUAAGAAGCGGACGCCGACGAAGCCCACGGUGGUCGGGAAGGAAUUGCUGCUGAACAGACGCCGCGGCGGGGACUCGUGUCCCUCCCCGGCGAGACAGUCCGCGGAGAAGAAGCGAGACGAGGAGACGAAGUGGAUCGCGAAACAAGCCGCGGAAGCGGCGGCGAACGCGAAGCGCGCCGCGGAGGAAGCCGCGGCGGCGGCGCAGCUCGCGGAAGACCUCGCGGCGGCCGCCGCGGAGGCGGAAGAAAAGGAAAAGGAGACGCCGACGACGCCGACGCCAACGAAAAAAUCUACGUCGACGCGCGUCGAACCCCCGCUGCCGCGCGUGGCGACGUACGACGUCGAAAAAGAACGCGAGGCGAGAGCCCUCGCGGCUGCGGAGCGCGCGACCAAAGACGCCGCGGACGCGCAAGACGCGGUCGUCCGCGCCGCGGAGGCGGCGGCGCGCGCCGCCGCCUUCGCCGCCGCGCCCGGCCCGAGACCCAUCCCGGCGAUCCCGCCGCCGCCGCUGCCGCGCGCGGCGACGCUCACGCCCGAACGCGCGCGAGACGCGAAGGCUGCGGCCGCGGCGGAGCGCGCCGCGCGUGAACGCGCGGCGCUCGCGGAGGAAGCGCUCGUCCGAGAAGAGUCGCGCGCGCUGUUGGAAGCCCCGGGGCUGGACCCGACCCCGGCGGCGGGCGCGUCGUCGCCGUCGCCGCCGCCGCGCGUCGCGAGGCUCGGCGAUCCGAACCUCGCGCGCGAGGAGAAGGCGAAGGCUGCGGCGGCGCGCGCGGAGCGGCUCCAGCGCGCCGCGGAGGCGGCGAUCGCGGAGGCUGCCGCCGCGGCGGCGGAGGCGGCGGCGUUUCUGAACGCCCCGGGGCCGGACCCGAUUCCGUUGCGCGUCGCGCCGAGGUCGCUGCCGCGCGUCGCGCGCUCGCCCGAGGAGAUCGCGGCAGAGGAGGACGCCAAGGCGAGAAGAGAAGAAGCCGCGCUGAGAGCGGCGGCGGACGCCGCGUUCGCCGCCGCCGCCGCGGACGCGGAGGCCGCGAUGAACGCCGCGGCGCGAGAAGCGGAAGCCGCCGACGCGGAAGCCGCCGGCUCCGGCUCGCCGCCGCCCGCGUUCCCGGAGUGGUUCGGCGCGGUCGACGACGACGAGCUGCUCGUGGACGACGACGACGCCGCGGGUGCGGGAACCGCCGCCGUCGUGGACGGGUUCGAAUCCGGGGCGUCGAACCUCCUCGUGCCGUCCGACGCCGCGCGCGAGCUCGAGGAACGCGACGCGUGGGAGGAACGCCGACGGACAGAGUGGGAGCGGCAGGACGCCGAGCAGCGCGAGCGCGAGGCGCGGGAGAAGGCGCGCGCGGAAGCGUUCAAGGGCCUGAAGGGCGAGGCGAUGUGGAUCGACGUCGGCGGGUGGAAGAGAGACGCCGACGCGGGGGUGCCGAGCGGGGCGUGGGGCCGGGACGCGUUGUCCAAGAGCGGCGGCGUGGAGCCGACGCUGGGACACGACGCGGUGACGUCGCGCUCGUUGGCCGCCGCCGCCGCGGAGCGGAUGGCGAGGGCGAGCGAGGGCGCCGCGGCGAUCGACGCGCGACGCGCGAGGAGCGCGCGGGCUGGCGGGUGCGUUCUGUACACCGGACUUUUCCCGGCGCAUCUCUCCGCCCACCCCUUCCUGUCAAUCCCCGCCAUCGACGCCUUUCAACUCCACCCCAGAGGAAGAAUGUCGGACGGUCGUCGGAAAACGUCCGACGCCGCCGUCGUCCCGGCGUAUCGCCCGUCGCAACGACUGUCGAACAAGAAGAUCGUCCGCAACGCGCUGUCGCACGUGUGCAUGGCUGGCGCGGCGAUGCAAAAAGAACGCGACGACGCGCUCGCGGCGUUGGACGCGGUCCCCGCGGAAGUCGCCGUCGUCUUCGUCGUGCUCUUCCGGGAAAACACGUUCCCGUUGAAAUUUCGCGCGUUGUACGCGUUGACGCGAGAUCCGGAGAACGAAACCGUGGAGCGACUGGUGAAGAUUCACGGCAAGAGCGGCCCUAACGUGGUGCCGCUGUAUAACGUGGACAGCACGAUGAAGUACGACAGCGGCACGAGGGAGUUUAAGGCGCUGAACACGAGCGCUCUGACGCCUUUGACGACGGCGAUCACCCUGGCGAGGACCGCGGCGAGGUGA